GUUUUCUUCGGCGCCGCAACAACACGGGGCCGAGAGAGGUUUCACAAGCGCCCGAGAACAUCACUGAGUUCUGCUAAGAGGAAGGCUGGGUCGAGGGCUUAGAAAUUGUCUUGGUAAGCCAGUAUCCGCGUAGGAACUACAAGAACCGUCCAUGAUCAUCCACAGUUAGAUAUUUAAGAAAAUGGAAGGGUCAGCUGCAGUGACUCAGAUGGGAUCAGAGGAUGCAGAAGGUAAAGGUUUCUCCGCCCAUACAAUAUUUAGCACAUAUCGGCCGCCUCUCUUCAGAAGGCCACCAAAGAAGCUGAGUCUCUUACAGCUACAGAGAAAGAGGGAAAUACAGGAUGUAACCUGGCAGAGUUUUACAAGACAAAACCAAAUGACGAAGUCUUUGGUAUAUCGACUAGGUAUCACAAGGCAAUUAGAAGGUCAUAGAGGCUGUGUUAAUUGCAUUGAAUUUAAUACAGAAGGAAGGUUAUAUGACAUGCGGUCGCCACAUACUUGUGGUUCUUCUCAAACAAACAAUGUUCUAAUCAACUUGAGGCGCCAUGCAGGAAGAACAGCUGAAUGCAAGUGCAUUACUGUCAAUCCUUCCCGGCCAGAGCUGCUUGCUGUAGGGGCCAGUGACCCGUAUGUUAGAAUAUAUGAUAGAAGAAUGAUUAAACUAACCAAUUUACAGAACCCUCCAGGUGGAAUGUCAAGGAGUCAGUGGGAGAGAAGUAACUAUGCGACCAGUCAGCUUGAUUCUUCUGCAGACAAUCUUCCCCCCGGCUGUGUACAAUAUCUAGUUCCAGGUCACCUUCCUGAUAAGCUGAAGGAAUACUAUAGACGCUACCGGUCAUUGGCAACUACCUACUUGACAUAUAGUAGUGAUGGCACUCAUCUGUUAGCUAAUUUAGGUGGUGAACAUAUAUACCUCUUCAACACAGCAAGUCCUCGUCAACCUAGGCAAUAUUCAAUAUCAAAUGUUGUAAAACAUUCUAAAGAAUCUGAUGGUCCAUCAAAUGGAGUAUGCAAGUCAAUUGCUUCUAAUACAAAUGGUAUAUCCUGUCAUCUUACUGGAGGAGGGGAACGAAUAGGAUAUCAUGCACAAGCCCAGCCUUUACCUCCACAAGCAGAAAUACUUAAAGCUAGAGCUAAUCAGGCUUUUGCUGCAGAGAAAUACAUCACUGCUUUGCACCUGUACAACCAAGCUGCACAGAUAUGCCCGAACUCUGCAGUUCUGUAUAGUAAUAGAGCUGCUGCUUUGAUGAAGCGAAAGUGGGAAGGUGAUAUAUAUGCUGCACUGAAAGACUGUUUCACGGCAUUGGAGAUUGAUCCUCACCACGUAAAGGCGCACUUUAGAUUGGCGCGAUGUUUGCAUCAACUUGGCCGUGAGCAAGAAGCACAACUUUGUCUAGAGGAGUUUAGAAGACAACAUCCAGACCACAGUUCAUCACCUGCCUGCUCUGCGCUAGCUCAUGAUAUUACCAGCUCCAUUUUACAAUUGCAGAAUGGAAUUUCUUCAGAUAAUAGCAGUGAGGGAGAUAUGGAUGAAGAAGGACUCCUGGGUGUAUUGCCAACACCUAGUACACAGGAACAGGAAUGGCGGGUAAGAGCCACAGACUACCAUAAGUCGUACUGUGGUCACUGCAACACCACUACUGAUAUUAAAGAAGCCGCUUUUCUUGGGAAAGUGAGUAUUCUGCACUAGGAUGGUGAAUUCAUAGCAGCAGGGUCAGAUGAUGGAAAUUUGUUUAUUUGGGAUCGUGAAACCACAAACCUCAUUCGUGUUAUUCCGGGAGAUGAAUCUAUUGUUAAUUGUGUCCAGCCCCAUCCGCACACGUGUUUAUUAGCCACAAGUGGAAUUGAAUCGGUUGUGAAACUUUGGGCUCCUCUUCCUCAGCUGGAUAAUGAAGAUCUUCAGAGUAUGGACUUUGAGAAAAUGGAAAAAACAGCCCAAGCCAACCAGCAGCGCAUGAGUGCGGAUCCCUUGGAGAUGAUGCUGAUGCACAUGGGCAACAUGGCCCAUGUGUUUGCCAGGUGGCGAUAAUCCCUCGCGGGACCCUUCUCCUGGGGGCCAGAAUGAUCGCAACUUGGCAGAUGUCCAAUGUCGUACUAGCUGAGCCCAGCCAGUU